AUGAAAAGCGAAACUAUUUCAGGCUGGAGAGUUAGCAAGCUAGUUGCUAUAUCAGGGGCAGAGCAUUCAGCUGUGUUUCAAAGCCCACAGACUAUAACCAUGUCCCAGGCCACACUGUUAGAGGAAGUCGUCCAGUGGAGUCCAGAGACGUGUCAACGAGAGCUCAAAUCUGUGCUGCCUAAACUUAUCUCCUUGCACCGUAACACAGAAAGCUGGAAAGAACACAUCGAUGUCCUUCGCAUCGUAACAGACUUGUUCCUCCCUCAUCUUCCUCUGUCAGAGAUGGAAGAAGAAUGUUUCUCCAAAGUCUUACCCAAGGCAGUAAGGAUUUUCACGAACCUGCUGGAAGAGAUCUCUAAACAAGUUGGAGGCCUGUCUAGUCAGAACACAGAGCUGCAUGCAUCUCUUCGCAACAUUCUUCAGAUGAUGGUGAGGACCCUAGAGGCUCUGUCCGGUUGCGUGCGUCACGUCUGCUCGGUCGAGGAGCCGGUUUCCCUCAGCGCCAUCCGCACCCUGCCUGCCUGCACUCUCAGGAUCCUGAAGGAAACCUUCCGACAUUGUAAGGAGAGUGAGGUGGUGUACAACGGACGGCUGUCUUUAGUCGGAGACCUGCUGCAGGGAAUGUUCAAGGAGGCCUACUCACUACAGAAAAACCUCAUGGAGCUGCUGGAAAAGAUCAGCCUGGAGAACAACGCCUCUGAGGACGAAAUAGCAGACAUGGUCACUGUCAUACACAGCCUGCUGGAUAUUUGCUCCAUUAUAUCAAGCCUGGACAUCGCUCUGCACGCCAACACGUGGAAGUUUAUUAUCAAGCAGAGCAUAAAGCACCAGUCUUUGGUGGAAGAACGGAUACAACACGGUGACAUCGUCUCCAGUUUGUGUGAGGACUUGUUAGCUUCCCUGCGUAGCUGUCUGGAGCUGGCAGAGCAGAUAAAACGGGUGAGGCUGCAGGAGACAGCUCACAGCCCAGAAUAUAAGCUUUUCCAGAAAACCACAAAGAUGUGCAGGUUUUUUGCCAACACUUUGGUCCACUACAUAAAGGAAUUUAAGGCUUUCCUUGCUAAACAAUGCAGUCGUUUUCAUCAACUCUACCUCCAAAUCCUAAGUAAAUUCCCCCCCAGUCUGUUUGUUGCGGCUGCGCCUCCUGCCCUGUGUGAGGAGCUCAGUGGAGCAGUCCUGGUUCCCAUGGAUGCCCUGCUGACUCAACUCUUACACCUCAGGGCUUUCGCUGAGUCGGUUCUGGCCAAACACCAGCAUGUCAGUCCGGAGACUCUUCUCCCUCAGUGUCUGCUCCUAGUAAAUGUUAUCAGUAAACUGUCCUCCCAGCCAGAGGAGGCACUACAGCUCUGGGCGGAUGGAAGCCAGUUUCCGGAGGACACACCCAGACUGUCAGUAUUUGAGGCGUUGCUUCUCAGUUUCCGGCGUUGUCCGGUAGAGCGGGCCGUGCCGGUGCGGUUGCCGGGGGUGAUGCUGCAGGGGCGGGCUCAGGGUAAAGUCAGUCUGCAUCAGCACGUGUGUGUGCAUCUGUGUGCCUGCAUAGCCGUCCUGCCCCCUCGACACUUCCCCCUGUUGGAGCGGUCAUUGUUGGGUGCCGUUCUCCAGUCAGACACGCAGACGGCCGUCUUGGCCACCGACGUCUGGUGUUUCCUGGCGCGUUAUGGUACAGCGGAGUUAUGUCUACACCACAGCCUCCUCUGUGUACACCUGAUAAAGUCCUGUCCUGGGGAGAGUUACCAGCUGUCUCACCUGGCACUCCUGCUAAGACGUCUGCUCUUUCUCAUGACACCAAACCACCAGAUGGAGUUGGUCGAGCACUUUCCUCCAUCUCAAGAGGAUCACCUGUGUGUCUGGCGUCACAUUCUCCUCAGGUCCCUCUCUCAGGACGCCCGUCAGCGGGUGGAGGGGGACGUUGUCGGCAUGGCGACGGCGGCGGUGGAAGACUGGCAGCGGAGCGGUUGGAGACUGGACGGACUGGAGAGAGUGAACAGGGUACUGGAGUGUCUGCUGAUGGUGAUGAAAGGAGAGUCUCUGCAGACUGAGAGCACUGUAUCCUCACUGAAGGUUCUCACUCAGUUAUGGAGCCGUAUGUGUGCCAGCCAGGUUCAGACCUAUCCUGGCAUCCAGCGUUGUGUGAAAGUGCUGUUGUCAAUGUCAGCAGUUUUGAUUAAAAACAUGGAGCCGCCAGUUAUAUGUCAGGCCCUGGUGUGUCUGAGUGGCCUCCAGCUUCACCAGUGCCCUGAUGACCUUCUCCUGGCUGCUUUACAGUUCCUCGCCUCUCUGGGAAAAGUCUUCUUUCCUUCCCAUAUUCAGUGCCAGGUGUUCCCACGGCUGAGUUCUCUGUUCAGUGCCCUACUGGCACACGAGUCCUGGCUGCUGCACCAACAUGCCCUGGAGGCUUUUGCACUGUUUGCUGAGCUGACCAAUCACGAAGAGGUGAUUUCUCAAAGCUUAAUAUCAGAAGAGACCAAAACCAAAGUGGUAAAUUUCCUCAGCAAGUUAACUGCGGCGCAGGAAGCAGAUGAGGCCCGUGUGAGCAGGCUGAAGUCAGAGACGGCCGUGUUGGAGAGACACACCGACAGACUGGAACAAGAGGAGGAUCCACCUGCGGACGUUUCUGCUCCCGAGCCAUGUUCAAAGCGAGCGCGGCAGGAGACCAGCACAGAGGAUGAAUGUGAGCGACACCUUCAAACAGCGGAAAGCGCCUUGAAAGCGCUGCGUACGUUAGUGGGGUCCGGCAACCCCCCAACUCCGCCGCAGUGGGUCACCGUGAGACUCCAAAACUUGCAGACUCUGAUAACCCAGAUCAACACGAGCAAACCCGUGAGACCUUAG